CAUCAUCAUCAGUGAAAUUAUUCCAACUCUGUCUGGUUCUAGGAACAACGUUAUGUUGUGUCGCCAAGUUUUACCCGACAAUAGCAAUGGGAUCGAACAAAUUUACAUUAUCAAAACGGAACCACCGGAUGGGGAACAAACUACUGAUUCUAAGGGCAACACUCUCGCCGGAACCGAUGCUUCGGUGAAAUUGAUGGAACCAGAAGAUGUGGAUGAAAUCAAGCAGGAACCCGAGGACAGUGACGGAGAAGAUGCUGAUGAUGCCAGUGGGGAGAAUCCUCCUGCUCAUCCAGGCUUUGGAAUGUUAGACGUGAUCAUUAAAGAGGAACCAGAUGAACCGAAUGAGGAAGAAAGGGUGAAGAAAACUAAACCUCAAAGUCGCGAGUUCAAAUCGCCAGCCAAAAAAAGGGCAGUAAAAUAUACACAAUCAAGCUCCAGUAGCAGCAGCGAAGAUAGCGACGAUGAUUCUAGUAGCUCGAGUUUUCUAGAUAGUGAUGAUUCCGAGGAUAAACGUCCAAGAAAAGCAAAUAAAUCUAGAAUCAGUAACAGAGGUCACGCAGAGAGGAUUGUUCGUAGAAGGAAGCCUAGAGCAAAAUCGUUCAAAGAAAAAGUCAAUAGGAAAAAUAUUGUGAAACGGUUUAUGUGCCCGUACUGUCCAAACAUGUUUUCUACGAUUUUCAAUCUAGAAAGACACGAAAAAAGCCACGAGGAAGAUAUUCCAGCUGAAAGGCGAAUUUAUCGUAAGCGCAACUGGUGCUACGUGUGUGCCCAGGAAAUGGACACCAAAGAACGAUUGUUCGAACACCUAUGUACCCAUGCAGAUUGGUUGCCCUUCUAUUGUCCCGAUUGUGAAAAUCCCGAGAAAAUAAUAUCGGUCCGAAUUCUUAACAAACACUUAUUGAACCACCGGGAAACCGGUCCUGGGUUCAUUAAAUGUAUCUACUGCUCCGAAACGUUUCACACACUGGUCGAUUGUACGACACACGAGGGUAGCCACAAGGACGAGGCAGCGCAGGAGCGGGAACGGCGAGCUGCCAAGGAAACCAAGCGACUAAACGUGAGCGUGAUAUUCGUGGACGGGAUAAAACGGUACGAGUGUGAUCACUGCAAAAAGUCGUACUCGUUGCUGGCCACGCAGCGACGUCAUGUCAAUGAACACACGAUGGAGAAGACGUACGUUUGCAAGACCUGUGGCAAAAUUUUCAAUAAGGCUUUCUGCUUGACACUCCACGAAAAGGUUCAUUCGAAUGUGAAACCGUACAAAUGUGAAACGUGUGGUAAAGGGUUUAAAGAGGUCGUUCGUCUGAUCGAGCACAGACGCAUUCACACCGGGGAAAAACCGUUUCCGUGUCUGUGCGGCAUGGCCUUCCGCAAAAAGGAUAAACUGAACCUGCACAAACCGAACUGUCUGAUACCGGAGGAUAUGGUGGGGUGCGUUUGUCGCUUCUGCCAGACCGAAUUCCCGCUGUACUCGGGAAUGAUGCAACACGUUAAGGAACGGCAUGCCGAGGGAAUGCGUGAGAGCCGCUGUAAACUGUGCCCCAGUAAGUUCAACGACGCCGUUCAACUCGUUAUCCACGAGCACUGGCAUCGGGUGCCGAAUGUCAUCACCUGCACGAAGUGCAACCGUCUGUUUAGGAACGAGAAAUCGCUGGAAGCCCACAUGAAGGUUCACGUGUACAACCCGCAUAAGUACAUGUGCGAUGUAUGUGGGAAGCACUUCCAUGCUAAUGUGAAUCUACGAAUCCACCGGCGCAUCCACAUCGGCAAACGGAAGCACCAGUGCACGUUCUGUCCGAAGAUGUUUUACGAUCCGAGCACGAUGCGGAGGCAUCGCGUCACACACUAUAAUAAAAAUAGCAAAAAUUUCAUCGCCGAUCUUCCGCCACCGGAUCCGGAGGAUUGCGACGAGGAUAUUGGCAUUGAUGAGGAUAUCGGGCUGGACGAGGACAUCGACUUGGAAGAAGACAUUGGGGUCGAUGAGAACGACAUGAUGAAAGCUAGUUCAUCGGGGCUGACCACGUUAAAGGCCAUGGAAGUGGUGCCCCAGCUACAGCAGCUUUAGACUUCGGUUAGGUUAAUUGAUGUUUUUUUUUAUUGUUGGCAUUUUGGCUUAGCUGGUUUGAGUUUAUUUUCUUCAUUAUUAGAGAUCUAAAAAUGUUUAUAAUAUAUUUUCUACUAUCGUGCAAUAUGUUUAAGCAAAUCGCAUUGAUUUUGUAUUUAAAAGAAGGUUAUCAAAUGAUUUAAAAUUCUAGAAAUAUUAGUUAAAGUAAGUAUAUUUUCAGAUAAUUUUUUUUCGAAAAUUUAUGAAGGUACCUACUUUAACAUUGGUGGAUUAUGAUAACCUACGAUAGUCAAUAUUAUAACUAACUCGUACAUAAGUAACCGUAGUGUGUCGGGAGUAAAUCGGUAGUUUUCGACGCAGUGGAACAGUGUUGAAAUUGAAUAUUAUCUUUGAAGCCGAAAAAACAAAUCGCAUGAUCGUGAAUAAAUAAAUUU